GGGAAGGCGUAGGCGCCCGGGCGGGAGGCACCCGGGAUGUGGAAACUCUCGCGGGAAGAUGCGUCGUUGCCUCGGUAACCGCGUCGCAGUCGCCGAAGAUGGCGGAGCGAAGUCUGUGUCUCACGAGAAGCAACGUUCCAGGGACUCCGUUCCCGCCACCCGUUCAGCAACCCUCUACACCUGGACCCGACCUCCUCGCCUUGGAGGAAGAAUAUAAGAUCUUCAGUAUAUCCCAAUUAUUUUCUGCUUUUAGGCGUUUAAAUGCAGAAUUGCAGGCAAAAACAGCUGACGUGGUUCGACAAGCUAAGGAAAUAAUAAGAGAUCGGCAAGAAGUACGAUCUAGGCCUGUUUCAACACAAAUGAAAUCAUGUGAUGACGAAGAUGAUUACAGUUUAAGAGGUCUGUCACCAUCUGAAGGGAUAGUUCAUCUUCAUUCAGAAACUAAGCCAAAGACCAAAAACAUUGAUCCUGUAAACAAGGUUCAAAACAAAUUACACUCUGCAAAUAAAGGAAGGAAAACAAAUUCAAGUGUUAAAUUGAAAUACUCUGAUGUCCAAACUGCCGACGAUGUUGCCAUUCCAGAGGAUUUCUCAGACUUUUCCCUUGCAAAAACAAUUAGCAAAAUUGAAGGGCAACUGGAGGAAGAAGGCUUACCUGAAUAUAUAGAUGAUAUUUUUUCUGGUGUUAGUAAUGACAUUGGAACAGAAGCACAGAUCAGAUUUCUAAAGGCCAAACUCCGUGUUAUGCAGGAGGAAUUGGAUAAUGUUGUAUGUGAAUGCAAUAAAAAGGAGGAUGAAAUUCAGAAUUUAAAGUCUCAAGUAAAAAAUUUUGAAGAAGAUUUUAUGAGACAGCAGCGAACAAUUAAUAUGCAACAGUCUCAAAUAGAAAAAUACAAGACUCUUUUCGAAGAAGCAAACAAAAAGUGUGAUGGAUUACAGCAACAGUUGUCUUCUGUAGAAAGGGAAUUAGAAAAUAAAAGAAGACUGCAAAAACAGGCUGCAAGUAGUCAAAGUGCCACAGAGGUUCGCUUGAAUAGAGCUCUAGAAGAAGCAGAAAAGUAUAAACUGGAGUUAAGUAAAUUAAGGCAAAAUAACAAGGACAUAGCAAAUGAAGAAAACAAAAAAAUUGAAGUGUUAAAAUCAGAAAACAAGAAGCUAGAAAAACAAAAAGGAGAAUUAAUGAUAGGGUUCAAGAAACAGUUAAAAUUAAUUGAUGUUUUAAAAAGGCAAAAGAUGCAUAUUGAAGCUGCCAAGAUGCUAUCUUUCACUGAGGAGGAAUUUAUGAAAGCACUUGAAUGGGGAAAUUCAUAAGUGAUCUACUUCAAUUCGUCUCUAUGACAGUCAUGAAAGACAGCAAAAAGGGAAGAAUUCUUACAAACUAGAGGAGACAAAGAUUGGAGGAGAAACAAUGACUGGCUGGGCACGGUGGCUCACGCCUGUAAUCCACUUUGGGAGCACUUUGGGAGGCCGAAGAGGACAGAUCAUCUCCAGCUGGGAGUUGGAGACCAGCCUGACCAACGUGGAGAAACCCCAUCUCUACUAAAAAUACAGAAUUAGCUGGGUGUGGUGGUGCAUGCCUAUAAUCCCAGCUACUUGGAAGGCUGCAGCAGGAGAAUCACUUGAACCCGGGAAGCAGAGGUUGUGGUGAGCCAAAAUUGCGCCAUUGCACUCCAGCCUGGGCAACAAGAGCAAAAUUCUGUCUCAAAAAAAAAAAAAAAAAAAAAAAAAAAAAAAUAUAUAUAUAUAUAUAUAUAUGUGACUAUAGUUUAUUCAAAUGCAAAGCUUGAGGAUAGCCACUCAGGAAACACAAACUCCAAAAUAAUGGGUCAUUGUCCAACGUGGGGAAGUUAAGGUUUCACUUAUAUAGGCAGAGACAGAGAAGCUUAACAGGGUUGCAACAUUUUCCAUAUAAGGUCAGUAUAGAUAUUAUAGCAAUCUAAUUAGUUGCAUUCCAAGGAACAUUCCAUGAGAAAGGGUAAUGAUCUUGAGGGGUCUUAUCUCUGGUGUCUUUCCUAAUCAUUUACACAACAAGAAUAAGGAAGAUUUAAUCUGUAAUUGGAAAAGCAGAAGUUGUAGCAGCAUGCUAUGUGACUCAGGACACAUAGCCACAUUCCUCUCAAGGCUAAAAACUAAGGAUACAUGACAACUAAAUGCAAUCUGUGGUCCUCAAGUAGCAAAAACACAUUAGUGGACAAACUGAUGAAAUCUGAAUAAAUCUCACAGUUAACAGUAUUCCAUCAAAGCUAAAUUCUCCAUUUUGAUAACUUUUCCAUGAUUUUCAUCUGUGUAAGAUGUUAAGAAGUAGUCAGGUGAAGGGUAUAUGUGAAUUCUCUACACUGUUUUUGCAACUCUCCUAUAAAUCUAAACUUAUCUCAAAAUAAUAAGUUAAAAAUAUGCAUGUUUCCAAGAUUUGUUCACUGAAAAAACCUGGAAGCAAUGAUAACCCAAGAAUUAUGAGUAAACCUAGCACCCAAGUUUUCUUGAAAUAUUAUUUCCACUAAAUGAUAACAGCGCUUCCUGGCACAAUGGUUGAUUCCAGGUGUAGGACAAAAAAUAUAAGAGAUAAGCUUUGUAUUUGUCAGGGUUCUCUAGAGUAAGUGAUUAUGAAGGCAGGCAAGUUCUAAGAUCUGCAAGGUGAGCUGGCAAGCUGAGGAACUAAUGGUUUUGUUCUAGUUUGAGUCCUAAAGCCUGAGAACCAGCAGGCUCAAGACCCAGAAAGAGCCAAUGUUUUAGUUUGAGUUCAAUGACUAGAAAAAAAGGAAAUGUCCCAGCUGAAAGGCCAUCAGGCAUGAAGAAUUCUAUCUUAUUCAAAAGAAGGUCAGUCUUUUUGUUCUAUUCAGGCCUUCAACUGAUCGGAUGAGGCCCACCUAUAUUAGGGAGGGCAAUGUGCUUUAUACUCAGUCUAUGGAUUUAAAUGCUAAUCUCAUCCAAAACAACCUCACAGAAACACCGAGAAUGAUGUUUUAUCAAAUACCUAGAAACCCCAAGGCCCAGUCAAGUUGACACAUAAAAUUAUCACAAGCCUAGAACAUUUUGUUUUGACAAAAAGCAAGGAAGGUAUCAAAGAUUAAGGAAAUAUUGUCAAAAGGACACAGAAGGCCAGGUGCAGUGGCUGACACAUGUAAUCCCAGCACUUUGGGAGGCUGAGGCAGGCAGAUCACUUGAAGUCAGGAGUUCAAGACCAGCCUGGCCAACAUCGUGAAACCCCAUCUCUACUAAAAAUACAAAAAUUAGCCUAGCAUGGUGGUGCAGGCCUGUAAUCCCAGCUACUUGGGAGGCUGAGGGAGAAGAAUCUCUUGAACCCAGAAGGCGGAGGUUGCAGUGAGCCGAGACGGUGCGGCUGCACUCCAGCCUGGGAGACAGAUGAAGACUCUGUCUCAAAAAAAAAAACAAACGACACAGAGGCAAUAUAAAAGGGCAUCCAUUGGCCAAGGAUGAGAUAAUUUGAGCAUCAAAAAUAAUAAUAAAUGCAAUUAAGUACAUAAAUAUCUAUGAGUCCAUAAAGGUAUUUUUAAAAAGAGACAAAGUCAAAAACUAAAUAAAACAAAAUUUUAAAAACAACCACAACAUAGGUAGACACCAAUGGAAGAAAAUAGGACACCAAUUCCUUACUCUGAAAAUUAACUGUCUCCUUUUUCAGUAAGAAUAAAUAACCCUAGUCAAUAACAAAGUGUUUUUUUGUUUUUUGUUUUUUGUUUUUUUGCAGGGCUGGGGCAGGGGAACAGGGUCUCUGUCAUUCAGGCUGGAGUGCAGUGGCAAGAUCAUAGCUCACUGCAGCCUUGAACUCCUGGGCUCGAGAGAUCCUUCCAUCUUGGCCUCCCAAAGUGCUAGAAUUAUAGGGGUGAGCAAUUGUGCUGGCCCGAGGUGAAGUUCUUUACAGAGGAAUUUCAGCUAAUUAAAUGUGAAAGGAAUAAAAGAAUCAGAAAAUCAGUUUUUGUAACCACUAAUGAAAGAAAAAAUUCUUUUGUGAAACCACAGAUGAAAGUUUGAUGGGAACCUUUACAGUGGAGAAACCAGACUGUCUCCCUAAACCCGCUGAUCAAUACUGGCAUCACUAAAAGUGGAACAACCAGACCUCAGGUGUUCCCUGUUGUGACACAAUGACAAAGACAGCAUCACCUAUGGAGUAUUCUUACCAAAAAAGGUGGACCGCAAUCUAAUUGUGUCUUUAUGGCUAGGUUCUAUUUAGAGGAAAUAUAACAGAUAGGGAAAUAAAUUAAAGGAACAUGAGGAAGCAAACACGUAUAUUCAGAAUGUGGGCUACUGGAUAAAACAACUGGCUUAGUUUAGCAAGCUAAAAACAUGAAGUCAAAAAAAAAAAAAAAAAAACACGGUGAAGGAGGGGCUGUUUUCAA